UAAAAAGAAGAACAGCAGUAAGAGCAAACUUGCUAGAAUCCCGCCUGCCCCCGUUCCUGGCACCAUGAAGGCGGCCGUCGAUCUCAAGCCGACUCUCACCAUCAUCAAGACGGAAAAAGUCGACCUGGAGCUUUUCCCCUCCCCGGAUAUGGAAUGUGCAGAUGUCCCACUGUUAACUCCGAGUAGCAAAGAAAUGAUGUCGCAAGCAUUGAAAGCUACUUUCAGUGGUUUCACUAAAGAGCAGCAACGACUGGGAAUACCAAAAGACCCCCGGCAGUGGACAGAAACCCACGUUCGGGACUGGGUGAUGUGGGCUGUGAAUGAGUUCAGCCUGAAGGGUGUGGAUUUCCAGAAGUUCUGUAUGAAUGGAGCAGCCCUUUGUGCCCUGGGUAAAGACUGCUUUCUCGAGCUGGCCCCAGACUUUGUUGGGGACAUCUUAUGGGAACAUCUAGAGAUCCUGCAGAAAGAGGAUGUGAAACCAUAUCAAGUUAAUGGAGUCAACCCUACCUAUCCAGAAUCCCGUUAUACCUCGGAUUACUUCAUUAGCUAUGGCAUCGAGCAUGCUCAGUGUGUGCCUCCAUCAGAGUUCUCAGAGCCUAGUUUCAUCACAGAGUCCUACCAGACACUCCACCCCAUCAGCUCGGAGGAGCUCCUCUCCCUCAAGUAUGAGAAUGACUACCCUUCGGUCAUUCUCCGGGACCCUCUCCAGACAGACACCUUGCAAACUGACUACUUUGCCAUCAAACAAGAAGUUGUAACUCCAGACAACAUGUGCAUGGGGAGGACCAGUCGUGGUAAACUCGGGGGACAGGACUCUUUUGAGAGCAUAGAGAGCUACGAUAGUUGUGACCGCCUCACCCAGUCCUGGAGCAGCCAGUCAUCUUUCAACAGCCUGCAGCGCGUCCCCUCCUAUGACAGCUUCGACUCAGAGGACUAUCCGGCUGCCCUGCCCAACCACAAGCCCAAGGGCACCUUCAAGGACUAUGUGCGUGACCGUGCUGACCUCAACAAGGACAAGCCUGUCAUUCCCGCUGCUGCCCUGGCUGGCUACACAGGCAGUGGACCCAUCCAGCUGUGGCAGUUUCUUCUGGAAUUACUCACUGAUAAAUCCUGUCAGUCUUUUAUCAGCUGGACAGGAGAUGGCUGGGAAUUCAAGCUUUCCGACCCAGACGAGGUGGCCAGGAGAUGGGGAAAGAGGAAAAACAAACCUAAGAUGAAUUACGAGAAACUGAGCCGUGGCCUACGCUACUAUUAUGACAAAAACAUCAUCCACAAGACAGCAGGUAAACGCUACGUGUACCGCUUCGUGUGCGACCUGCAGAGCCUGCUGGGCUACACCCCUGAGGAGCUCCACGCCAUGCUGGAUGUCAAGCCGGACGCUGACGAGUGACGGACACAGAAGGGGCCGGGGAACCCUGCUGAGACCUUUCAAAGAACAACCGCAUUGGUCGGACUCUUGAUUUUUAAUUGUUAUUCUAUUUUUUAUUUUCCAGAACUCAUUUUUUACAUUCAGGGGUGGGAGCUAAGUGAGGUGCAGCUGUAAUCGAUUGUGCGCGGUUGGAAAUGGAAAGCCAGGUCUUGUGGGUGGGUGGGACCAGAAAUUCUUGAGUAAAUUUUCAGGAGGGAGAGGAGGGUCUUCUUAGAAGCUUGAAGGAUCUGGCUCAAGGGAGGAAGAGAUGGACAUGUCCAAUCAUUUGUUUAAAUCGUCCAUGGAAAAACGUGUCUUGUGUUAUGGACCCAUUAGCAAGAGAAAUUGUCACAUCAGGAGUCAAGAGACUGAUGAAAGGCAAUUAGUUUCCUUUUGUUUUUAGAUCUGGGAAGGCAAAAAAAGAAAGGAGUGGGACAAAACAUUUUAUUUGGGGAAUGCACAAAAAACAGAACUAUUUACCUUUCACUCUGCUUUUGAAACAACGAUGGACUUCGUGGGGAGGGACCAAAACUGUUUUUGUCUUAAAAUUUAUUUUAUUAAAUUUUGUGCCAGUAUUUUUUUCUUUCUUCUUGAAAAUCGUCUUAAGCUCUAAGGUGGUCUCAGUAUUGCAGUAUCAUGCAGGUUUGUUUUUGUUUGCCGGCUGAGGAUUCUGUCAUAGUGAAAGAAAACUGUUUAUAUAGACCCCAUUGGAAAAGCAAAGUGCUGUCACUGAGAUCAGGGAUCCCAAAUUCAUGUGAUUUUUAUAUGAAGGAAAAAUCAGUGCUGAUUUGUGUACAGGGGAACUGUGUGUGUGAAUUUCAUCAACUACUUUUAAAAAGUUAUCAUCACACCCCUUAUCUGUGGAAUCUCGGGGUUUGGACUUAAUGUUGAGCUAAAAAGCAUUAAGUCUUUGAACUGAAUGUAUUUUGCAGCUCCGGUUUUGGACCACAGUAACAUAGGAGCAUUGUCGAUGUCAUGGAAAGGAAAUUGAAGGAGAAAGACUGACUUGGUUCUUUCUUAGUUCUCUGCUUGUAACACAGAUGACUUGGAAUAAAAGCUGUGUGCACAGGCAUUGCUCCUUGGGGCUUAAGAAAUAAGUCCUGCGUGCAUGUCAUUCCAAAGUAACACUCUAUAAUUUCUCCUUUAUGUCUCAUUUUCCCAGCAUCCCACAUUUGUUGCAUUUUUCCUCCACUCUGUUAUUCAGUAGAGAAAAAUGUGCAGCUUUCUGAUUGGUGAGUGAAAGAGUAACUUCACACAUGAUACGAGUCGAGGAGCUUAGACUUGCUGGGUUUUAGAAGUGUUGGAAAUUAAGAGAGCAUUUCAGCAAAAUGUGACUGGGCUGUCUGUGGGAAGAGAAGCACAAGCUUUCCUGUGAAGAGUGUGAGCUAGUCAGGUAGGAUGUCUGUUGAGACUGUAUAUGCAAAGUGAAUGGUACAGAAGGUGUGGGGGCCUCUUGCUUGGGUCUUGGCACCCGGUAAGUGAAGGCCAAUUGCAGAAGAAAGAAAUGACUCGAAGGCAAAGGAAAGAGGGGAAGGAACUUGAGUGAAGAAAAUGAGGUGGUCCAUGAGAUUUGAAUAUGUUUUUAGUUCCCCCAAAGUUUAAGCACAAACAUAGUCAACAGAGGCAGUCAUCUUUCUGCCGGCUGUGAGGGGGGGAUCUGAAAAUGGGGUUUAGGGGGGGAAAACCAACAUUUAACUAGUGGAAAAAAGUGACUAAUACAAUUAGAAUCCCUCCCACCAUACAGAUGCCCAGUUAAAAGGAUGACCAAGGAGGGGUGCAUUACAGAUAUCCAUGAGAGAAGGAGGAAUCACUUGAGAUGGGCUUCUCAGGGCUGGUCCUUUUUGGGGUUUAGCCGGGAAGCUGGGAGUGCUACCUACCUUCUAGUGUACCUUCAAGAAAGCCGAUUGUUCACUCCCAGGUCCUCCUGUAGACCCUGAGUUGUCAGGAACAUGGCUCUGUGAUUCUUGAGUGUUCACAUGGAAAGCAAAGGAGGAAUUACCCCAGCUGUGUAUUUUGAUCUUUCAGAUGCAGGUGCCUUAAUGAAGCUCUCAAAAUAUUUUAGGAGCUGCUCAGGGAGUGUUAGGUGGAACUGUUUGGACUACAUUGUUUUCUCUUAGAUUAUGUGAUCUUUGUUGGGCACUAGCAAAGGGUGUGUGUAUUUGAGUGCGUGUGUGUGUUUGUGGACAUGCAAAACUGCAGCUGAAAUAAUACCUGAGUUUUCUAGCUAAGUCUUUCCACAUUUCAGUAAUGGGUAAGUGUAGAGCCAGGGCGGGUUAUCAGCUACUGCUUGCUGUUUGCAACCAGGCAUAAAUACAAUCAUUUUCUCAAAUCAUCGACCUUUCCUAUUAAGUUUAUGUUGAAAAACCCUUCUGUGAAUCUAACUCCUGCAGUUCCUAGAGCAGAUAAGAUAUAAGAAAGUGCCUCCUAGUGCUCCUCAGCCUGCUUGUUUGCUAAGAUUCCCUUUCUCUCUAGGUCCACUGUUUUCAGGAUUUGUAGUUAGUGUAUUAAUUAAGACAGCUUUGUUGAUCUGGCCAGAUGUUUUUUCUCCUUUUGUUGGAAGGCCAGAGACCAUCCCAGGAAGAGUGGUGGGUGGUUUAUACACUGGAAAUGUAGCAAAAUUGUUGCAUUUAUACUUUUUAAAAACACAUGUUAACUUCAGAGGAAGGAUGGGCAAAUCUGGUCUAGCUGGGUGAAACCCUUAUUUUCCUGAAGAUGCCUUAACCUGUGUUGGUUUUGGCUGUAGGGUUCAGGGUCACUUUUGUUCCUUUCUCCAUUCAGAGGAGGGACUUCCCUACAUCGAGCCCUGAUUUUGUGGCCAUGGGGAUUGGAGGUAGCAUUCAAAGAUCAGAUGUGCUUUUCCUCACUUUGGAGAUGAACACUCUGGGUUUUAGAGCAUUAACCUGCCUAACCUUCAUGGUGAAAAAGACACCUUUCUCUUCUAGUCAUGCUGUGCAUGUCGCUUUCUCUGUUGGGGUCUAUAUAAAUUUGUUGAACUCUUACCUACAUUCCAAAGAAGUUUCAAGGAACCAUAAAUAUAUGUAUACAUAUACAUAUAUAAAAUAUAUAUAUUAAAAUGAAAUUAUCUCUAUCAGGAAUACUGCCUCAGUUAUUGAACUUUUUUUUUUAAGAAUACUUUUUUUUAAGCUGAGAAAUAUAGGGGUGAAAAAGAUGUUAUUUUGUGUUUGACUAUUUUCCAACUUGUAUUUUCAUAUAAUUUAUAUUUUUUAAAAGCUGAAAAUUUAAAAGCAAGAUGAAAAAAAGAGGAAAAGCAGGUGCUUUUUAAAAAUCAGAACUGAGGUAGCUUAGAGAUGUAGCGAUAUAAGUGUCUAUGUGUUUUUUUUUUAAGUGCAAAAAAAAAUUUCUUACAGGGGAGUUUUUUUGUUUGUUUAUUUUAGUAGCUGAUGCUGGCACAUCAUUUUGCUGGAGAGUUUUUUAUAUACUGUAGCCUGAUUUCAUAUUGUAUUUUAAACUGUGUGAAAUUAAAAACAAAGAAAUUCAUUCAUAA